GGGUAUGUGUGUGUGUGGAUUUUCCCUGCAUUUACACAGGACGGGAUGGUUCAGGGACGGAAUGCAAAGGACAGACAGAUAGACAUGGAGAGACGGAAAACGGCCAUGCAGGACUGGACUUUGUCAUGACGGGACUCGGUUUUGCACUUAUCGUACUCCGGCAUUCGAGAGGAGCCGAACCGAAUUACAGUGACGACGUUGUUAAACCCGUUAUCACCACCAAUCAGGCCUGGAUUGCGGCUGUGGCCGACGAUCUGGUUCCGCCGCUAGGGCGAAGGGUGAGCGUGCUCGGCGCCAGAUGUGUGAGCGCGAGGCUUUCGUUUUGUUGUGUUGCCGUCAGAUGCUUAGCAGUUAGUAUACACAAGCCAAGAACCCUCGAAACCAACACCAUCGAAUCCCACAGUGCGAGAUCUUCGCUGAUUUUUUUGUGAAUUUCGCGGUCUAAUUACUACUCUACUGUACACGCUCCUACAAAAACAGCGCCUAGGAAGCUAGAAAUCCCCACCCACGCACCAA